UUGACUCCGGUUAGGCAGAAAACAUUAAAGUACCCCUGACUGCACGUUCAGGUGUUAGCUAACAGGUACAAGGAGAGGAAAGUCUUUAUUUGAGCCAACAAAGGCCGCCCUGAUACGAGGUGAAAUGAGUUCAGUGUUGUAGAAGCGGCGGCGCUGGUUUUGUGUCCCGUGUUUGUCGCUAGAUGGCGGAAGAAGUCCAGUUUUCCGGGGGAUUAACGGGGUCGUGCACCGUGCUGCAGCAGCCUGGAUUAUUUUGUAAUGUAACAUCAAGGAAAAACAAUGAGAUGGCAUUCAAAAGCAAAGCGGUCGACUCGAAGACCGUGCUCUUCAACCUGCUGCUGUGUCUGCUCAUAUUUUACUCGCUUUUCUACAUGAUUGGGAGUGUGUGCUUCGGAGCCUUCAGGUUGGAUCACUUUGACGGACUGAUCCCAUUUGACUUUAAGACCGAACCUGCUGAGUCCAACUCCAAAUACUUGGUGAACCUCCUGUCCUUGGAGCUCACCUACUUUUGCAGCGGCCUUUUGUUUGCCGCAGUGGUGAGGAGGCGGGUGUGGGACUACGCCCUCACUGUCACACUACUGCAUGUAAUGAUCACCAGUGUAGUGAUGUUGGAGUUUCCCAUGGUGUGGCAGUGGUGGCUGGCUUUAGGCAGCGGCUUGUUUCUGAUGAUCUGCAACGGUCAGCUUAUAGCUUACUUCACCUGCCAGAGUGACCAGAGCUACGCCUCCUUCAGCAUCUACUGACAGACAGGAAGCUCCUCUUUGUAUAAACUGUUUCAUAAACAGUCUUGUGAAGUGAGGUGGAAAGGAUCAGACCAGAUGCUCUCAUCCUGGAGACAUCCAUUAGAUUCUCCACGGUGAUGGACUUUUUCUGUACACUAAAAAAAGACACCAUUUCCUCACCAUCAUACAUAAAGUCAGAGCUGGGUCCAAUUUGUGUUUCAGGGUUGUCAACAGACUGGCAUCCUAUUGUUUUUAUGUAAAUGCCACAAGGAGAUGUAUUUUGCUUGUGAUGCACAAUGCCUCUGUCACUGCAGGGUUUUAAGGCACCCUGUGAAGUAUUUUCAGUACCUUUGUAAACUGUGAAUUUAACAGCAAAACGGGAAAGUUGCAAUACAUGCUUGUUGUACAUAUUUAAAGAUAUAAAUGUAAAGUGCAUAAACAAUAAAGCUGCUUCAGAUUG